GCACCUCAAACACGAGGAGUUUAUUGUCUCGAACUUGGAUUGUGAUUUUCUUUGAUGUCAAGAGAGGGGAAAAUGGACUCUCGGGCCUUACACGCUCUUUGGAGGAGGUAUAAAUUGGCUAAUAAUGGGGCGUUAACCACAACAACUAGUGGCCAAACCCCCAAAAGAGCUAGGAGAAGACGGUUAAGGGUGGUCAAACUAGACCUACUAUCAUGCCACUAGCAACGGGUAAUAAACAAAAGAAGAAAAAGAAGGCUUUGAAAGGUGAUGAAUCUGUUGUGGAUGGUUAUGGUGAUGCUGUCAUGCCAAAUCAAGGAGGCCAACCAACCAGCAGUGCAAGGACUAAGAGGGGUGAUGAUGUUGUUCUCUCUUCCAACAAAAAGUUAAAGACAAAGCUUCACCUUCCCAAUUCUGGUGCUGAUAUUGGGAAGCUUUCACCCAAAUCUCUGAACUGGAGUGAAAUUGGGAUUUCUGGAAGAGUCCCCUCUGGUCUAGCAAAGAAGGGUGAUCUGAAGAAUGAUUACAAACUGAUUUUGGAGCUUGUCAUUGGAUGUCUAGAAUGUGGAAGUGGAGGACAUGCCGAUGAUAUCACCCAGAAGAGAGCCUUCAUCAUCAAUGAUCUCAUCACCAAAACCAAGGUAAAUUGGGCUAAACACUUCUUCAAUUCCAUUUUUAAGCACAUAGGCAAACCCAGGCAGAAAUUCCUCUAUCAAGGACUGUACAUUGGGCAUGUAUUGAAAACCAUGGAUAUUGCCACUGAUGGCAAAAAGUAUGAAGAAAGAUACUGGCUAUAUUACCUAUCAAGAAAGGGAGAGAACAGAAACAGCUUUGUUGCUGAAGAAGAAGGAUCUUCAAACGAAGUCAUGGAUAUCGCUUUGAAGAAGGCUUCAAAAAGGAAGCAAGUGGUAUCUUCCUCCCCCAGUGCUGAAGAACAAAGAGACCUUGAGAUGGUAAAUCUGGAUGAAGAAGAGAUCUCAGCUCAAGGACAGCUUCAAAAGAAAAAGAAUAGAAGAAUCUCCACUCCCUCCACAUCCGGAGAUGUCAAUCCGGAGAACUCACUAGAAAACCAUCCUCAGGACAGCCCUCACCCUCUUGAUGAAGAGACCCAUCAAGAACAAACUGGAAAUCAUGUUGAAAACAUCACUGAAGAAACCCAAGCAGACUUAGAAGCUGGAGCAGAGGAUUUCUUGAUCUUUCCGGAAAAUUCCUCUGCACUUGAAAUUACUUUUGUUGAAACUCUUCAAGAGGAUGUUGCCAUUCCUCAACCUGAAGAACAAAUCCAAGCAAUAGCAAAAGAAGAAGAAAUUAUGCAUUCUGUCCAAUUUCAAGUUCAAGAUAUCCUCACAAUCACCUGUGAGAUCUCCAAUCAAGCUGAACUUGAAAUUCGGAAAUGUACUGAAGGAGAUCCACAUUUGGAGGGAAAGUCAGAAGAACAUUUGGAGAAACUGUCAAAGUCCACUCCUCCAGAUACUACAGAAGAAGAAAUUCGAAGAGAACCUGAAGUGGAAGCUCAAAGAAGCCUUGAAGAAGCAGGAGAAGACGCUCAGAUAGCUAGCUUGGAGGUUGCUGAAACUCUAGUUGCUAUCUUUGAGCAACAAAAUGCUGAAGUAGUGAGAGAUCCAAUUUCCCAGGAAAUCUCAAACUACAAGGAUGGAGAAGCUCAGGAAGGGUCUGUGAAGAUUCUAAAAAUUAAUGAAGAAGAUGACGAAGAAGGAGAGGAAGCUGAAUCUCUCCCUCUACAAAGCUUUCACAGCAUCCCUCCAUCCACUCAGAAGGACAUUAGAUCAGCCUUGGCAGUUUCUUCAGCAAACCAGGUGGUUACCCAAGACUAUCUAAAGGUCCUUGCAGAAAACCAGAAGGAAGUCUUCCGGUUACUCAAAGAAGCAUAUGGGACCUUCAUCAUUAGUUCCUUCUGCUCGGGAGUAGAAGGACUCUGGCUCUUGGAAAGAGCCGUGCCAGAUUCUUAUGCCAAGGGCAAAACUAGCAUUCUCCAAGUCCUUCAUGGCGAAGUUCUCGCUCAACCAAGUCUUUACAGACGUAAGAGCAGGAACAUCGUUACCCAUUAACAAUAUGUCAUCGACAUAUAGGAUUAGGAAUACUAUCACACUCCCACUGACCUUCUUGUAAACACAAGCCUCGUCAGAAUUCUUCUCGAAACCAAAACUAGUGAUGGCCACCCCAGGAACUCCACUAACCUAAUACCUCCAAAAGUGGAGUGUAUUAAACCUUAACUUCUUCUCACUUUGUCAACAAUUCAAUUCCAAUCAUCUCAAAACAUUCUCAACUCUCUCUUCAUCCUCUCUCUCUGUCGGCCAAGCUUCAAGGAAGGAGAAAGGAGACUCCAUCUCUAUUUUUGUACCAAAGGAAGAAGAAGGGGAAACAAGAAGAGGUGUUCAAGUCCAAAAUCCUGAGCUAAAAACGCAGCAGCGACUUCAUCGUCAAUUCUGAACUUCCGGAUGUUAUUUCCAAGAAGAUUGGGCGUAGGAAGCUCGAAGUUGAUAGGGGUGACCGUACGUUGAAUGUUCGUUGAGGCGUAUUAUUUUCUUUCUAUCAUUCCGACCUCUACGAUAUUAAGGUAAUAAUACUGAACAUGGAGCCCAUCCCGGAGGUCAAUGAUAGUGACGAGAUGUACGGACUGGUGGACCACAAUUUACUAUGCUUUAUUUUAAUAAAUACCUUUUCGGGCG